UUUUAAAUUAAAAUAUUAGUUUGAGUCAGAAAAAGUGUGAUUGCCCGUACUACCUAACGGAAGGUCCUUGACCACCUGCGUGUCUUCAAGCUGGCCUUAAUCAAAAGUACCUACGGUUUUUGCUGUUAAAUUUAAAUACCUAAUUAAUUUAGACAAGAUUUAUUUAUCAUUGUAUUACAAUAAUGAUCAGACCGGGACUCAUAAAAGCUACAGUGCGACAAUUAAGUACUUCUCCUACGAAAAUAAGUUAUCAUUAUGAAGCACCGUUAAAAACGGCAGUAGCUAAUAUCAAAAAAUUUUCUGUUGGUUCCUUAGGGCUAACUUAUAUGAUAUCUCCGUUGAUGCUGCUUUUGGACGCAGAAGGCAUGGGGCUUGCAACACGGCUGAUUAUGAUUUCGACAGCUUGUGCUGCUUCAACAAUUUCUACGGGAUUGAUCCACUGGGCGGGAAAGUCCUAUGUAACGGAAGGUGUACUAAAGGAUAAUUCUAUUACUUUCACUACUUUAAAUUUACUAGGAAGAAGGAAGGAAUCUAAGUACAAUGUUGAAGAUCUACAAACUCCAGAUGCUGCUACGAGCCGACCAUUUACAAAUAUUGAAACGAGAAACCAUCCAAAGAAGUAUUUUUAUGUUCAUCAAGAGAUAGCUAACAAAAUUUUUGAAGCGAUUGGCAAGAAGGAACAUGAUAAUUGAAGCAAAUAUAGUUAUACAGCAUAUGGCACAAUCCGAAAAUAUUAUUAGCUGAAUAAAUAAAGUGAAGGACAAACCAAGGGAAAUGAACGUAAAAGGAAAAAACAAGGGAUACUGACAAAAAGAAGGACGACAUAUUACUUAUAUUCCAAACCUCUCCUGGUAAGACGAUAUGCUCUGCCACACGAAGUCAUAAAAGCGUCAAUCAAUCCGGCACCAAUGGCAUCGCAAAGCCGAAAUUUCCAACCAAAAAAAGUUUCGUGUUUUCUCCUUGCAGUUACGGAAAUGUUUCUUUGUAACAAAGAAGCUUCAAUACAUUCAUAGAACGGCUUCUUCUUAAAAAACUGAAUAAGAUCUUUGCGACUUGAAUGCAAAAUGUGGGUAAAAACACCUAAGUUCGGAAGAGAUAUCCCAUAGGAAUCAGUACCAUCCAGAGUUAGGAAUCCAGCAGUCGUCAAAGUCCGUCUCUCCUGUAAGGAAAGGUUUAGUUCUUCGGAGGAGUAUGAGGUAGAUCCAUGUGUGCACAAAAAUUCUCUCAAUUUUGUAAUUAAAAGCUGUAAUUCUUUAUUA